AUGGAGUCACUUUCCAAGAUUUAUUGGUACAAUAAAGACAAGGAAGCUAUAAAAUGCAAGGAGGAAGGAGCAAUACUUGCACGCAAAGAUUCAAAUGAUUUUGAAGAUAUGGUGGUUAUGGCUGUAGUUGUAGAUGACCGUGUCGACUCCAAGAUCUGGUUCCUCGACUCGGGUUGUUCGAAUCACAUGGCUGGUCGAAAAGUGUGGUUAGCAUAUUUCGACUCGUCGAAGAAGAGCAAGGUUAAACUUGCUGAUAAUAGCUUGUUGCAAGUAGAAGGUACUAACGACAUAGUUAUUCAAAGGAGCAAUGAAGGAAAAGCUAUGAUCAAAUAUGUACUUUAUGUACCUAGAACGAAGUGCAGUCUGCUAAGUGUUGGAUGUAACACCCUUCUUAAAUACCCCAAUAAUUAA